CUACCCUUUCCCGCACUAGGGUUAUGAACUUUCUCGAUUUCGAUCGUAGACAUUGUUAAAACAUCAAACCCUGGGGUUCUGAAUUCGAUCCCAAUCUUCGGCACAGCGAUGGGGAUCGACCUCUUCGACGCCUGCGGUCCCGGCGCUGACGACGUCGACCUCACCAAGAUCGAAGUCGACAAGCAGUACGCCCGGCGGCUAGAGCACAACAAGAAGCGGGAGGCCCUCCAGAGGUACGAGGAGCUCAAGAAGCGUGGCCUCGCCGGCGACUCCGACGAAUCCUCCUCCUCGUCGGACGACGAUGACGAUCCUGUUGACUCCAGUAGGAGGGACCUCCAGUUCUUCGAUGCCCUCGUUAGGAUUCGGAAGAAUGACCCUGGAAUCCUUCCAAAGGACGCAAAAAUCUAUUCCGAUGAAGAGGACGAGGAAGAAGAGGACAAUAAGCCGAAAGCUGCGAAAAAGGAGAGACCUUUGUAUCUAAAAGACGUCAUGGCCCAGCAUUUGAUCGAAGAAGGGCCGGAGUUCGGCGAGAAGCCGCUGAGAAAUAACCCCAAGGUCUAUAAUGAGGAGCAGGAGGAGGGUCUCAAGGCGUUCUUGGAGGCAGCAGAGGAGGAGGAAGCUGAAGCUGGGUCUGACGAUGAUGGCGAUAUCAUUAAAGCGAAGGAGACAGCGGUGGAGGAGGUGGAUGAGGAUGCGGACGAGCGCAACAAGAGAUUGGAUGAUUUCUUUGGGGAAGAUGAUGAAUUGAACGAGGAUGAUUUGUUCCUGAAAAACUAUUUUCUCCAGAGGUCGUGGAUCGAGCAAGACAAGGACAAAAAGCCAUCUUUUGAUGACAUUGAUGUUUCAGAGGAUGAGGAUGAGCUCGACAAGCAGGAUAGGUAUGAGGCCGAGUACAAUUUCCGGCAUGAGGAAGGGGAGGUGGACCGUGUUUUGGGUCACUCGAGGUUUAUUGAAGGGUCUGUGAGGAAGAAGACAAGCAGUAGGAAGCUGCAGAGGAAGAGCAAGGAGGAGAGGAUGGCGCAGGCUGAGUUCGAGAGGAAGGAGGAGCUGAAGCAUCUGAAGAAUCUGAAGAAGAAGGAGAUCCAGGAGAAGCUUGAGAAGAUUCGGGCAAUUGCAGGGAUUGGAGGGGAUGGUGUUUGCAAGCUGGAUGAGGAUGAUCUGGAUGAAGAUUUUGAUCCAGAGGAGUAUGAUAAGAAAAUGAAGGAAAUGUUUGAUGUGGAUUAUUACAAUGCCAAGGAUGCUGAUCCGGAAUUUGGAAGCAAUGACGAGGCUGAUUUGGAGAAGCCUGAUUUUGAUAAGGAAGAUGAAUUGCUUGGGCUUCCUAAAGGUUGGGAUGUUGGUGGAUCUACUGAGGGGUUUGAGGCAGCAAGGGAGAGGUUCUUGAAACAGAAGGAGGAAGAAGAGCCGCAGAAAGAGAAGAGGAAGCUGAAGAGUAAAAUCUCUCUUAAGGAGAAAGUGGAGCUUGAUAAGGAGUUGGAGGAGUAUUAUAAAUUGGAUUAUGAAGAUACAAUCGGGGACCUGAAGACUCGGUUCAAGUACAAAUCUGUUCCGGCUAAUAGAUAUGGCUUGCACCCUGAAGAGAUUUUAAUGGGUAAUGACAAGGAUUUGAGCCAAUAUGUUUCUUUGAAGAGAUUAGCACCUUAUAGAGAGAAGGAGUGGAAGGUGACAUAUCACCAGAAGUUGAAGAAGGAUUUGAUUCUUCAUGGAGGAACAGAUGCCCAGAAGAUUGGUAAGAAGCGGAGGAUCGAGGAAGGCACAAGUUCCACAAAGCCAGGGAAGGAAAAACAGAAAACAAAACCAGAAAAAGCAAAAGCUGAACCUAAUCAACUGUCUAGGCGCAGCAGAAGAAGACACCGGCAGGCUGAAUUGAAACUGUCCCAGUCGAGGCUCAUGGCUUAUGGAAAGAUCCCCUCGAAACCUCAGAAAAAGAAUUAAUUAUUUUUGGAGAACAUAGCAUGGGUAUUUUGAAAGAUGUUGUGGCUCUCCGAUGUUCAACCCAACGGCACGAGCUCGACGGCUUCCAUUUGGAUAUUUGCGUAAUCUUGGAGUGAAGAAAUAUGAUCUUUCUUGUUCAGGAAGCUUGAAGAUUUGUAGAACGAUAUUUACCAAUUUAAAGACAAAAUAACAUCACUUAGGAAAAAUAAAACCAGGAACGAAAGGAUAGAAUGGGCUAGAAACAUUGCCCUUAAGCACGUAGGGAGAAAAAUGUAUUCGUUUGAAGAAAACGAAGAGGAGUUGUGGAAUAA